AUGAUCAUUACACCCUGUGAAAAAUCUAAAUAUAUCAAACCACUUCGACUCCACUAUAAGCAGAAUGGACAAUCAAAAUUUUGGGAUGUUAUCAACGAACAUGAUUGGUAUAAUGGCUUACCAAAGGCAUGGGAUGUUAUCAAAAAUCAUGAUAGUGUAUGUGUUCUUUUGUUCAAUCGCAAACGAGAAGUGUUUGUCUUUGUGAAGCAGUUCAGACCAAUUAUUUAUAUGAACCGAAGUGAAACUUAUGAAGAAGAUGGUGUCACCAAAAUCGACUCAAGCAAGUUCAGUGGGAAACUGGGUGUCACAACGGAAUUGUGUGCUGGCAUUGUUGAUAAGAAUUUGUCACUGCAAGAAAUCGUACAGGAAGAAAUCCUAGAAGAAUGUGGCUACAAGAUUCCACUCGACAACAUUGAAAGAGUUGUCUCGUAUAGAGGUGGUGUGAGUACAACUGGUGCUUGUGCAACAUUGUUUUAUGCUGAGAUUACUGAUGAAAUGAAAGUCGGAAAAGGUGGUGGGGUUGAAGAAGAAGGAGAAAGGAUUGAUCUUAUUGAAGUUCCUUCUGAUCAUAUCUAUCUAUCUAUCUAUCUAUCUAUCUAUCUAACCCAGUCUGAUCAUAUCUAUCUAUCUAUCUAUCUAUCUAUCUAUCUAUCUAUCCCAGUCGGUUCAUAUCUAUCUAUCUAUCUAUCUAUCUAUCUAUCUAUCUAUCUAUCCCAGUCUGUUCAUAUCUAUCUAUCUAUCUAUCCCAAUCUGUUCAUAUCUAUCUAUCCCAGUCUGUUCAUAUCUAUCUAUCUCUCUAUCUCAAUCUGUUCAUAUCUAUCUAUCCCAGUCUGUUCAUAUCUAUCUAUCUAUCUAUCUAUCUAUCUAUCUAUCUAUCUAUCCCAAUCUGUUCAUAUCUAUCUAUCUAUCUAUCUAUCUAUCUAUCUAUCUAUCUAUCUAUCCCAAUCUGUUCAUAUCUAUCUAUCUAUCUAUCUAUCUAUCUAUCUAUCUAUCUAUCUAUCUAUCUUACCCAGUCUGAUCAUAUCUAUCUAUCUAUCUAUCUAUCUAUCUAUCUAUCUAUCUAUCACAAGCUACACUUGUCUUUCAUCUAUCUAUAUCUAUCUAUCUAUCUAUCUAUCUAUCUAUCAUAUCUAUCUAUCUAUCUAUCUAUCUCAUCUAUCAUCUAUUAAUCUUCUAUCUGUCUGUCCAUAUCUAUCUAUCUAUCUAUCUAUCUAUCUAUCUAUCUAUCUCUCUUCCUUAUCUAUUGAAUCUUCUCAUAUCUAUCUAUCUAUCUAUCUAUCUAUCUAUCUAUCUAUCUAUCUAUCUAUCUAUCUAUCUAUCUAUCUCACAUUGCUAAUAUCUAUCUAUCUCACACUGCUAAUAUCUAUCUAUCUAUCUAUCUAUCUAUCUAUCUAUCUAUCUAUCUAUCUCACACUGCUAAUAUCUAUCUAUGUGCCUACUGGCUUGUUUACCAUUCAUAUCUCUCUAUGUAUCUAUCUAUCUAUCUAUCUAACUAUCUAUCUCAAUCUAUAUUUCAAUUGCUGA